ACAUUGGGUGCAGAGUAUGGGGGAGAAAGCGAGAAGCGAGACACGGCUCAUACUGUACGGCACAUGGUACGGGUCUCGGUUUCUUCCAUCCGUUCGUGUCUGCAGUAGCUCUGGAAAUCCAUAAUAAUAGUCGUUGUCGUUCUCUCGAGACAGUUCACGUCUCUUCGGGUUGUCGAAUCUCUCUUUCUUUCUUUAUUUCUCUCCUCUCCCUUUUCCAUAUGUUUCUCUUCAACAAUUGAAGCCACCCCAGUCAAGAUGGCCUCCUUAUUCCAGCUCUUCGUCCUCCUCUUCGCGGCAGCCCUGACUGUGUCAGCUGCCUCCGCCCCCAACAUGACCAGCCUCGUCGACAAACUUCCCCCUUGCUCCCUCAAUUGUAUCGUCGAAGGCGUCACUCAGGAUGGCUGUGCCAUCAGCGACCUCGCCUGCGGGUGCUCCAAGAUCAACGAACUCACAAAGACUGUCUCGCCAUGCAUGGCGAAAGCUGGCUGCACUCUCGAUGAAAUGACUCAAGCUGCUUCUGCUGUCGUUCAACUCUGCGAAUCUGCCGGUCUCAUCACAAACACCACCGCAGGUGACCCGACUUCGACCACUGGAGCAGCAUCGGCAGCAACUACCAAGUCUGACGCGGGGCGAUUCGCACGAGAGUUCGGAUUCGCGUACGCCGCCUUUGGUGUAUUGGUAGCCAUGGUUGUUCUGUAAGCGAAAAGGGGGGUUUCGCUAUGGGUUUUCUUUGGACUUGGUUAGGACGGACAGGACAGGCAAUAGGGGGAAAUAUGGUUCCAACUAUCUGGAUAAGAGCCACGGAUUUUGCUCAGCACAUGUUAUUGUACAACAAGACGGGCAACUGUUUUAUAAGAAAAAGCUUAGCGUCUAUAAGCAGCCAAGCAAAAACGUAUCUUGUCAUU